AUGGCGUCCUGGGACAAUCUCGAAGUUAUCAACAGCCACCUGCUCCAUUAUGUUGGCUCCUCGACGGCUCCUAAGAAUGUUAGCGCAGCUUUAAAACCCCUUUACUUUAAACGCAAUAUCUUCAAGCUGAUUGCCAAUGCUCCCACCUUUUUUUCGACUUUGAUGAAGCCCCUUACUUGUACCUGGUCCUUCGAAUGGAGCUUCCGCUCGAAGGAUUGUCAACUGGUCGUCUUGCACACCGCAUCGCUCCUCGACGCGCCGUACGAAUGGGAUGUCAAUGAGCCAGUGGCCCGUGCCUUCGGCUAUACCGAUGCACACCUGGACAUGCUCCGUUCCGGGGACUUGAGCUCAACCGAGCUUUUCACGGAUCGACAGCGACUGAGGUGGCCGGUGGUGAAGGAUCUAUGCCUCCGCAACCGCGUCAAGAAGGAAGCCGCGAUCACGGCCAAAGAAAUGCUAGGAGAUUAG